UUUUAAUAUCUGUAGUGAAAAUAAGAUUAAAAAUCAGUUUUACUCAAGUGAAAGCUAAAUAUUUGUUUAUCAGUGAACUCCACGAUAGCGUAAUUAGAUAAGUAAUUAACAUCAAUUUAGGCUGAUCAAAGGAUUAUUUUCGCGUUAUCAAACAUAAUUAGAGCGGGCAAAUAAUCUUCUUUUUACCAGUCUGAGAAGUGACACGUCAACGCCGCCGGUUCAAAGAUCGAAUAACGAAGCGUAUAUUAAUUCAGAACGUUAUACGUAAUCACAGCACAGGCGCCCGACUGAAGGAAGGAAGGUGAGGUUAUGUUUACAUAGCAGGAGCUCGACUGGUAGCGACACUAGCGGCACGAUGGCGAACUACGGGACGUGGCGGCAACCUCUCGCCCCGGCCGCGGCGACGCCACAAGGCCGCAGACAUAAGAAUGGGCGUGCGGACAGGCGAACCAGCGAGUCGUCUAGGUUAGGUCAGGUGUGUAGUGUGACAGCAGUGACGAUGCCGGCGAGCGUGAGGGCGAACGGAGAAUCUGGAGGGAAACAUGUGUUGGUGUGGAACCAAAUCGACUUGGACCCAGAAGACAAGAACGCUUCCAGCAAACCCAUCGAACCGGAAGCAUGCUUGGGCCAGCGGCAUUUUGUGACACUGAUGCUCUUUUUGGGCAUGGCCAACGCCUACGUGAUGAGGACGAACAUGUCGGUGGCAAUUGUGGCUAUGGUCAAUCAGACAGCUCUGCCCAAGGAUGACAAUGUCGUGGACGAUGAGUGCGGUACUGGCGCUACGCUCAACAACGGCACCAAGGCUGUGGAAUACACCAAAGAAGGAUCCUACGUCUGGGACACAACUCUGCAAGGAUACAUCUUGAGCUCCUUCUUCUAUGGUUACGUCUUAACGCAGAUCCCAUUCGGUAUCCUGUCUAAGAAGUUUGGUGCUCGGUACUUUCUCGGUGUCGGGAUGCUGAUAAACUCCGUGUUCGGGUUCCUAGUUCCUGUCUCUGCCAAUCACGGAUUUGGAUGGCUCUGCGUCGUCCGGUUCAUCCAAGGGCUUGGAGAGGGUCCGAUUGUGCCUUGCACUCACGCCAUGCUUGCGAAGUGGGUGCCACCAAAUGAGCGCAGUCGGAUGGGAGCAUUCGUCUAUGCAGGUGCGCAGUUCGGAACUGUGAUCUCUAUGCCAGUGAGUGGCUUCUUGGCAGAGCACGGGUUCGACGGGGGCUGGCCCUCCAUUUUCUAUAUUUUUGGCCUGGUAGGAGCCAUCUGGUCCAUCGCCUUUCUGUUCUGGGUGGAUGAAGACCCGGAGACUUGCCGCAAUAUCAAGGAAGACGAACAAAAGUACAUCAUCAACUCAGUCUGGGGUUCUGCUGGCAUCUCGUCUCCGCCGGUGCCCUGGAUGUCUAUCCUCAAGUCUCUGCCAUUCUGGGCUAUCCUUAUCUCGCACAUGGGACAGAACUACGGCUACGAGACUCUCAUGACUGAGCUGCCCACCUUCAUGAAACAAGUGCUCCACUUCAACAUCAAAGAGAAUGGAACAAUGUCAGCUCUGCCGUACCUUGCCAUGUGGAUCCUGUCCAUCGUUAUCAGCUUCUUCGCCGACCACAUGAUCCAGAACGGCAGGCUCAGCCACACCGUGGUCCGCAAGAUCGCCAACGGCAUCGGUCAGUAUGGGCCAGCCAUCGCCUUAGUUGCAGCCUCCUACACGGGAUGCAACCCCUACAUGACCGUAGCUAUCCUGACCUUGGGGGUGGGUCUCAACGGCGGAAUCUAUUCCGGUUUCAAGGUGAACCACUUGGACAUCUCCCCGAGGUUCGCCGGAAUACUCAUGUCUUUCACCAACUGCCUGGGCAACCUGGCCGGCCUCUUGGCCCCCAUCACGGCAGGCUACAUCAUCCACGGCAGGCCUACGCAAGCUGCUUGGCGUGAGGUUUUCUUCAUCUCCGCAGGCGUGUACUUUGUGUGUCAGACCUUCUACCAAGUGUUCGGCACAGCUGUGCGGCAACCGUGGGACAACCCUCAAGCCGAUUUAGAUAAAGCCUCUCUUCGGCCGGACAGCGAGAACCCCCGCGCCAAGGACACGCAAGAGACGCAACACUGAUACGCACAGACUCUGUUGUUGUUUAUUUAUAAGUGUUUGAACUGCUCUCUGAGCGUUCUUCGUUGUUCUCUUCAGUUCGGUUCUUGUUUGAUUUGUCUUCUUGGUAAAACCGGUUGGAAGAAAUAUGUUCUGUCGCUUUAAAAAGAAAUCGAACAAAUUAAAUAAGAACUGACCUAAAACUAGCGUUGUGAGUCGAAUGACAUAUUUAUUGCGUGACUACUACGGGCUGUGAGUAGAGUGGGUGGGCUGAGUGAAAGACGUCGCGAACGGUAGAAAUGUAAGAAGUGUUAUAUACUUAGCGUAAUCCUAAGUACGCUGAUAUUUGUUAUUUUUAUAAACUAGUUUUGUAAGCAGAUGGCCUAGGGUAAAGUGAAUUAGUGCACCGAAGUGCAAUCGUUCAGAAGACCGAUAUUAAAGUUCAGCCACUUUCGGCUCUACUUAUUGUAUUAUUUUUAUUUAUUUGGAUUUAGUUAUUAUUUUUAAUUAAUAAUUAAAUACUUGUUAACGUAGACUAUAGUAGUACAUUCCACAAUGGAAAUAUUGUGUAAUUUUAUAAUUCAGAAGAAUUUAUAUACCAAAUUAAAAGGUACGAUUUUAAAUCCACUGACA